AUGACUAAACUUCAAGGUAUAUUUGCUGCUGUUCCAACUCCUCUCACUACGGAUGCUAAAGGAAUUGAUAUUCCAAAUAUUGCAAAGCAAGUUGACAGACUUGCUGAUGCUGGAAUUCAUGGUAUCGUAACAACGGGCACUACUGGUGAAUUUCCAGCUCUUACAACGGAAGAACACAAGAGUGUCAUUAAGGCUUAUAUUGAUGCUGCGAAAGGAAGAAUCCCAGUUGUGGCAGGUCUUGGUAGUAACAGCACUCAACACGCUAUUGAAAUGGCUCAGUUUUCUGAAAAAAUGGGCGCUACUGCAGUUAUGAUUGUCCCUCCAUUCUACGAUCCUCUUUCUUUCAAGGCUCUUUAUAAAUUUUAUAAAGAUGUCUGUGGAUCCAUCUCAAUUCCUGUCAUGUACUAUAAUUUGCCAGGUGCGACUGGGGUUCACCUUACUGCUGAUCAAGUUAGACAAUUAGGUGAGAUUAAAGGCUUUGAUUAUAUGAAGGAUACUUCUGGUAAUGCCAAGGAACAUGCAGAUCUUCUUACCAACCCUUCUGAUAAGAUUACUGUUUUCAAUGGAUGGGAUACUUUAACUUUCUUUUCCAUGUCCCAUGGGGCUCAAGCUAUUGUCUGGGGUAUUGCAUCUAUUGUUCCAAAGGAAUGUGUUGAGCUUUGGAACACUUUCUCAAGGGAGAAGAACAUUGAUGAGGCUAGAGAGCAGUGGAAAUUCCUUUGGGAAGUCAGUGAUUUCUUGGAGAGCGUUAAUUAUCCAGCUGGUAUUAAGACAGGUCUUGAUAUUAUUGGACAAUCCGCUGGACCCCUCAGACUCCCAACUCUCCCGUUAGAGGAUGAAGAUAUUGAAAAACUCUCAAAGAUUCUUGAAAAGAGAAAGUACAAAUAG